AUGUGCGACUACUUCCUCCAGAGGAUGGAGGGCGACCAGGCCGGCGGCGGGGACCUCACAGACAUCGUGCGGGCCGGCGGCGCCAUGCCGGGCAAUAACGACGGCGACGGCACCAGCCUCCCGUCCACGGCCGCCGAGUGGCAGCUGCAGCCCGCGGACCAGCCGAUGCUGUUCCCGCCUGCGCCGCCGUCGGCGUCACCGGGGACCGGCGGCGACGUCUUCGGCGACCCUUUCGCGGGGCUCGGGGACCCGUUCAGCAGCGACUAUUCGUCGGGCGGCCCCGAAUUCCUGGAAGGCAUGCCGGAUGCCAUGGCCAAAAUCGGCUUCGAAGCGGGCCCCGGCGGCGGCGUCAACGGUUGCGUAGGAGGCGGAGGCGGAGGCGGAGGCGGUGGCCAGAUGUUCGACAUGAGCAGGAAGCCGCUCUUGCCGAGGGGGAUGCAGAUGAUGCCGGCGGGAAUCGGUGGUGGGAUGGGGCCGAGGCUGAUGCAGUCGUCGCUGUCGCCCAUACCGAUACGCCCGUACCCGGCCAUGACCGCGGGCGACAUGGUGAAGCUCGGCAUCACGCCCGGGCAGGCGGCCGGGUGCGCCAUCGACGCCGCUAUCGGCGGCAUGCAGAUGUCGUCGCCGCGCAACAACAACAGCGGGAUCAAGCGCAGAAAGAACCAGGCAAGGAAGGUGGUGUGCAUUCCGGCACCGACAACGGCGGGUUCAAGACCAACCGGGGAGGUGGUUCCUUCUGAUCUCUGGGCAUGGAGGAAGUACGGCCAGAAGCCUAUUAAGGGCUCUCCUCACCCAAGAGGGUACUACAGAUGCAGCAGCUCGAAAGGGUGUUCAGCACGAAAGCAGGUGGAGCGCAGCAGGACUGACCCCAACAUGCUUGUCAUCACCUACACCUCCGAGCACAACCACCCAUGGCCGACCCAGCGCAACGCGCUCGCCGGCUCCACCCGUUCUCACCACGGCAAGAACGGCGGUGGUGGCGGCAGCGGCUCAGGUUCCAAGAGCUCGCACAACGAAAAGCAGCCUCAGAAUCAAAACGUCAAGGAGGAGAGAAAGGAUCACCGGGCCGCAGAGACAACGACGGCGACGACGACCACCAGCACAGUCACUACCACGACCAGCACUUCUCCCGUGGUCGUGAAGGAGGAGACGUUGGCUGGAUCAUCGUCGGAAGCGCAGGCGAGAGACCAGAGAGCCAUGGACACUGUGGCAGGAGUACUGCAUCAGGUCGACCACCGUGAGCUCAUGGACCACGUGUUCAGCGAGAGCUACAGGCCUAUGAUACCGGGGUCCGGCCAGCACCACGAGGACUUCUUUGCUGACUUCGCCGACCUCGCCGAGCUGGAGUCAGACCCCAUGAGUCUCAUCUUCUCCAAGGAGUACAUGGAAGCCAGGCCAAGCGGUGGUGCCGGCGAUCAUGGUGGCCAGGAGAAGGCGGUGGCCAAGGAGCUGGAUCCGUUCGACAUGCUAGAUUGGUCCACUACUUCUAGCACCGCAGGGAGCACGUUUGAGCAAGGGAAGAGAGGCUAA